AUGUUAGGUGACAAGGUGGCGACGGGUUGCAAGAAGUGUUCUGUAACACUUCUGUUGGAGUCGGAUUACAGAAAUUGGAAACGUUUGCAGGCGCCUGGGCAAAGAGAUAGUGCUCUCUCGAAUGCGCCAUUAGCCAUUGAUGCCAACUCAGCAAAGGGCAAAAUUGGAAAAUACGUCGCCACCCACUCACCGCCUUCUCCACCAAGUUAUGAAUCGAAGAAGAUGAUGAGCCGUAGCGCGACGAGGGUGGCGCGGUCGGUUCUGGGCCAGAUGGCGUCUCCGUCUUACCGCUGCUACUCAACCUCCGUCGCACGCGGUGGCGCUGCGAGUGACGCCACCGUUCUGACUGGAUCUCGCGGUCCCGCGAGGGUUCUGGUGACGUGGAUGCGAUCGCGCAACGCCUUCAGCACGAUGGCUUUGGGUGAGGAGAAGGACGACAGCGGAAAGACAGGAAGCGCCGCCGCCGCAGGUGGCGGCGGGGACGGCCGUAAAAAGGCGAUCGCGAGUUACUGGGGCGUAGAGCCUGCAAAGGUCACCAAAGAGGAUGGCUCCGAAUGGAGGUGGAACAGCUUUAGGCCAUGGGAGACGUACAAGGCUGAUCUGUCUAUUGAUCUGGAAAAGCAUCAUGCGCCGGUUACAUUUCUGGACAAGAUGGCCUAUUGGACAGUCAAGGCCCUUAGGUUUCCUACUGAUGUAUUUUUCCAGAGGCGAUAUGGAUGUCGUGCCAUGAUGCUGGAGACAGUGGCGGCAGUCCCGGGUAUGGUGGGAGGCAUGCUCCUCCACUGCAAAUCCCUGAGGCGUUUCGAGCACAGUGGGGGCUGGAUCAAGGCCCUUCUAGAAGAAGCCGAAAAUGAAAGGAUGCAUCUGAUGACUUUCAUGGAAGUUUCCAAGCCAAGAUGGUAUGAGAGGGCCCUGGUGUUUGCUGUCCAAGGGGUCUUCUUCAAUGCCUACUUUGCAGCUUAUCUGGCAUCUCCCAAGCUUGCCCACCGCAUUGUGGGCUACCUGGAGGAGGAGGCCAUACACUCGUAUACAGAGUUCAUCAAGGAGCUCGACAAAGGAACAAUCGAAAACGUGCCUGCCCCAGCUAUUGCUGUUGACUACUGGCGCCUUCCGCCGGGGUCCACUCUCCGUGAUGUUGUCAUGGUUGUCCGUGCUGACGAGGCUCACCAUCGUGAUGUCAACCACUUUGCCUCGGAUAUUCACUAUCAGGGGCAUGAGCUGAACAAAUCACCUGCGCCGAUUGGAUAUCAUUAGAGUAUGAAUAAACUUGGGUCUCAUCAAGCAUGACAGGGUGUGUAGAUAAAGAUGUGGGUGUCGUUCGUAUGGCAAUAAAUGUUGCUCUAGCAUACAUUAAUCAAUUAAAACAUAAGCUUUGUUUUUUUUUUUUUAAUAUCUUUUAUUUGGAGAUAUUUUAAUGUGGAUCAUUGGCAUUAUAUGAUUGCAUGAUUGUGGAAGCAUUUGUUUGUUCAGGUGUCAUUUAUGCAUAUUUGUAUUUGAAUUCUUGGUGUUCUAUUAUUGGAUAGUGGAUACUAAUGAUGUGUGAGAAAUGUGGUCACAAUUGGCAGGAUCAGUUGUUUUGGCAGAAAAAAGAAAAACAAAAAUAAAUGAAACUUGGAGCAGAGUUGUAAUUUAAGGAGUUAUGGUUUAUGAAGAAUCUUUCUAGCAGCAUCAGUGUCAAGUUCAAUUUAGAUAGCUGCCUCGAGAGAGUGAAAUACAAUACCAAUUGAAGGCAAGGCUGAAGAUGCGGUAUAAAACACAACUACUGAAAAUAUAUAUAGAUUCUCUCGUCGUUUGUAUUGUGGUGAAGAAAAUACAGGCUUAAUGGUUUCUUUAGCUCAUAUUUAUUGGAUCACGUGAAAUGGUGUGAUCGAUGCACAUUGUCUGGCUCGAGGCCUUAAUUAGUC